CAAUCCGAUUCAUCGGGGUACCCUGCCCAGGUCCUCGCCAUCAAUCGGAAGAUCGAGAACUCCGCGAAGUUGGGGGCUCUGUUCUGCAGUGUGGGAAGGGUACUCCGUAUGACGGAGGACAUCUAGUUUGCUUUGCUGGGUUUGUUUGUUUGUUUUUUACACCGCAACAAUGAACAUCUUCAGACUAACGGGGGACCUCUCUCAUUUGGCUGCGAUCAUAAUCCUGUUGCUCAAAAUAUGGAAAACCAGAUCGUGCGCUGGUAUAUCUGGAAAGAGCCAGAUCCUGUUUGCUUUCGUGUUCACCACUCGCUACUUGGAUCUCCUCACCUCCUUUAUCUCCCUCUACAACACCUGCAUGAAGGUGAUCUACAUUGGUUGUGCAUAUGCCACGGUGUAUCUGAUCUAUGUCAAGUUCAAGGCCACCUAUGAUGGCAACCACGACAGCUUUCGAGUCGAGUUCCUGGUUGUUCCUGUAGGAGGUCUCUCUGUUCUCAUCAACCAUGACUUUUCUCUUCUUGAGAUCCUUUGGACAUUCUCCAUUUAUUUGGAGUCGGUGGCAAUCCUGCCCCAGCUCUUCUUGAUCAGCAAGACGGGAGAGGCUGAGACAAUCACCACCCACUACCUGUUCUGCCUGGGGCUGUAUCGGGCACUCUAUCUCUUCAACUGGAUCUGGCGCUUCUAUUUUGAGGGCUUCUUUGACAUGAUAGCCAUUGUGGCCGGUGUGGUCCAGACUGUCCUCUACUGUGACUUUUUCUACCUUUAUGUCACCAAAGUGUUGAAAGGCAAGAAGCUGAGCCUGCCAGCAUAAGAACUACAUAGGAGACCGCAACUCCUAGCAGACUCAGGGCACAUGGAGAUGACAUCAUGGAAUCCCGCCAAGCCAGCAGAGGAUGCCUGAGACAGAGAGCCAGUGGAGGGGGAAAAACACUAGUCUUCUUGAUGAUUAUUGAUGGAACUGGUAAAUGCCAACAAACUCCAGAGCUGAACAAAGAUCAUCCCAAGGCAACACAGUCUUUGGAUCUCUAUGUUCAGUAUCUCGCCUUAACACCCUUUUGUCAUUGUAUGUUCAAACAUGAGAAAUGCUUUUCUUUAUUUUUUUCUACAAGUGAGGUGUAUACUUUUUUUUUAUACAAUGAAACAUACAUUGUCACAAACAGGGUUAACUCCCAGAAAAGUAACUUUUUGAACUUGGUUAUGAAAUGCACAGAUGUACAGUCUUAUAAAAAAAAAGAUUAAGAUAAAGAUUAAUGUAUCUGAGUGCCUAAUAAGGAGUUAUGUCCAUUUUUUUUUUUACUAUAGCUUUGGAUUUUUUCCCUCUUGUUUUAAGUGUUUUCAUUUUUUUUUUGCCAUUACUAUCUAUAGCAUUUUUCCCCCUCUUGAAACCAUUCUAAGAGGCCCACAGUACAAGGAAGGAGUUUCAUUCCAAAGCACUUACUGUCCAUUUUGUUAAAAUGUUGUUUCCUGAAUCAAAGAAACGUUUCAUCACUCAUCAAAGUGACCUCCUCAGUCUCAAUGAGCAUGCAUGAAGAUGUUUCCUGAAAUUGAUCAGUUACUGUUUCAGACGCAAGACUUCAUUGUCAUGCAAGGUAUUGAAAUAACUUGUUACUUUAAGGUUAAAACUUAACGUGCUUUGGUUUGAUGCCAGCAAUCAUACUGUCAAGAGGAAGGAGCUGUUUUCUUUAAAAGGGUUGAUCUCUCAUUUUGGAAUGAAACUCUUCGUCUACACAAAUCUUACCCCAUAUUUUCCCUUGGUAUACGGAAUGAAAGUGACCAAAAUACUUGUAAUUGGUUUGCAGCAACAUGACUUUGAUAUAAUUUUUGGAUAUGCUACAUCUGUGCGGAUGUAGUUAAAGAGCACAAACUUAACUUUCCACAAUCAAACCACAGCAUAAAAGUUGACUAUGAGCUGUCAUGAAGAUCUUCCAGUUGUGAUCCCAGUCAAAUUAUACAUGUUGAAAUUAUAGUGAAAAAAAUAGAAAUUACUCAAUGAUCAAUACGCAUCCCAUACUAUAACAAGAACUCGACCGUUGUUACAAUGUCUCUGGGUACUGAGCGUGACCAUACUUUAGCACCAGAACUGUUGCAUUUCAUUGAAUAUAUCACUUAAGUGGAAACCGUUGACUGGAUUUGCCUUUGUGCAGUUCGUCGUUGAAGAUUUUUAUCAUGGUUUUCUUCUCGGUUUGGAGACAAGGCCUCUUAAUUAUUUCCCAUAUACUUACGUCAACCAAAUUUUUUCAUUUCAACUUUUAUGUAUAUAUAUUUUUUUUUUUUUUGCAUGAUAUCACCUCCAUUAAAAAAAUUUUAUGAAAAUAUUUUGACUGAAUUUCUAAUUUAGGAAUACGUAAAGCGUCAUUAAGUUUCUGGUAAACAUGAAGUUUAUUUGCAUGUAGUGCUGAACGCAAUGCAGUCAAAAUGAAAAAUGGGAAAUGCAACUUUGACGAUUUGGUAUUUUAUCAAAAGAAAUGUGCAAAAUGUCUGCAUAAAGUAUAUAUUGCAGAUGCAAACUAAAAUAUGCAGACUUAAUGUUACACUUUGCAUUUAGGGUUUUCAGUACAUUGUUUUGGUACAUUCAGUAAAGAGUCAGUAGUAAAGUGCUUGAAAUGAGCCCCUCCAAAAUAGGCACUGGUAUAUCGUUCAUGUAUUCAAGCUCUCCACAUAUACAUUAUUUUAAGAUAAGAAAAUGGACUUUUCAGUAAUGUCAUCAAUAAUUAAUAGUCAAAAUGAGGCAAAACCUUGGGGCUCUAUUUUGUUAUGGCGUUGUGCGAUUGAGACACAAACAUAAAAUACUUUUUUCUUAAUAUGUAAAUCCCUCAGGUUUUGAUGCUAACAAGGCAAAUGGAAAUUUCAUUUUUAACCCUUUCAGCAUUUGAUGGACAUGAGCAGCCAGAAAGGUUGACAUGCAGUAAGACAAUCCUCCAUGAGUGGUCCAAAUUUUGUCCCUCGUAGCUGCAGAUGGCU